UUUCAGAUUAUCAGAAUGCUCCUCUCCACAGUACCAUUUUUAUUGAUUUUUAUAACAAUCUCAUCCUCAGAAGCGAAAACAUUCGAAAAUCGGAUAGUUGGGAAACCAUUUGUCUCGUGUCGAUCCGAUGCGAUUUCACUUGUUGCGGAGACUGAAGACUUUUUUGAGGGACAGAUCUACGUAAAAGGGUCUCGCGGCACUCCGUCCUGCUCCAAAUCCUACCAAAUUACCCAGAAUUCCACAGCUCUGGAGCUCAAAAUAAAUGCUCAAGAGCUGGAAAAAUGUGGUUUCCGAGCGUGGCCAAAGCCGAAUUCAAAAAUGUGGCUUUUGUCGGGACAAGUGAUUGUGGCCUUCCAUCCAACACUGGUGACACCCUCAGAUCGAGCUUUUCGUGCACAUUGUGAAUUUGAAGAUUUUAAGCGAAAAACGGAAAUUGGAAUUGAGAACCUAAUCCAAGAGCACGAGCUGAUUCUCGGAAAUUUUCAACUGCCAAAAAUUUCAAUGCACAUUUUGCCAGCUGGAGAGGAAUCUUUGACAACGAAAACUCAGAAUUUUGAAGCCAAUGAGCAGAAAGUGUUGAAUGUUGGCGAUCCUAUAAUGUUCGAGUGGAAAUUGGAACAGGAACACGGAAUAUUCGGAAUUCAACUCGAGAGGUGCUCUGCCGAGUCAGAAAACGGAAAAGGGAUGAAAAUUCUGGAAAAUGGAUGCUCUUUAGACGAGGAGCUUAUUUCUGACACCACGUAUUCACAGGAUUUCUCGAAAAUUUAUGCGACUUCGCUGGCUUUCAAAUUUCCAGAGGAAUAUGAGGUUUUUAUCAGAUGUGCAGUGAGGACUUGUGUGAAAAAAACCGAGCACCUAGAAAUCAUAAAUGGCGAGGAAGAGGACCUGUGCUCGGCGAGCAACAAUUGCGGAUUUGUCUCAUUUGAAUCGAGUCAGAGAAGUCGGCGACAACUUGUAGGGAAAAAUAACAACAACACCCGUACCGACAUCAUCUACGUGAACGGUAGAUUCCGUGUGGAAAAACAAAGUUCCCCGCAAGAAGCCCGUGCCACGUCACAAACAGAGUUCUGUAUGCCUGACGUCAUCUAUUACCUGGGACUGUCUACAGUAGUCAUUUGCUACCUGAUUACCAUCUCGACUACGGUAGUUUUCAAGUUUGGCGGUAGAUUUUGACAAUGUUCAACAAAUUUUCAAUUUUCAAAUUUUCAUUACUCCCUUGUAUGGGUACUUCUACAUGAUUCUCAGUUUCCUUGAAUAUAUUUUUUUCUAACUUUUAAUAAUUAUCUGUAAAUAAAGCUCUUGUUUU